AUGGCCAGCACCUACUCCCUCCCCCCUCUGCCCUACGCCUACGAUGCCCUCGAGCCCAGCAUCUCCAAGCAAAUCAUGGAGCUGCACCACGGCAAGCACCACCAGGCGUACGUGACCAACCUCAACGCGGCGCUGCAGUCGUACGCCGCCGCCGACGUGGCCGGCCAGAUUGCGCUGCAGCAGGCCAUCCGCUUCAACGGCGGCGGCCACAUCAACCACUCGCUCUUCUGGGAGAACCUGGCCCCCGCCGGCAGCCCGGACGCCGACCUCGCCGCCGCCGCGCCCCAGCUGGCCGCCGCCCUGGCCAAGCAGUGGGCCUCGGUUGACGCCUUCAAAAAGGCCUUUGCCGCCGCCCUGCUCGGCCUCCAGGGCAGCGGCUGGGGAUGGCUCGUCAAGGACGCCCAUGGCCUGCGCAUCAUCACGACAAAAGACCAGGACCCCGUCGUCGGCGCCGAGAUCCCCGUCUUUGGCGUGGAUAUGUGGGAGCACGCGUACUACCUGCAGUACUUCAACGGCAAGGCUGCCUACAUUGAGAACAUCUGGAAAGUCAUCAACUGGAAGACGGCUGAGCGCCGCUUCGUCGGCGGCCGCGAUGACGUCUUCAAGGCCCUCAAGGCGUCCAUCUAG